CAAGUAUUACAGAGAGUGCGGAAGUGAAAGGGAACUUCGCAAUCUUAAGCCAAUUCGAUCGUCCCUAUAACCAACCCUCCAGGACCUCGAGACUUUCUCGCGGCGAGAAAACUAGGCGGGAAAACAUGGCGGCCGUGAAAGCCUCUGGUCUGGUGCUGUCGCGGCCGGUGACCUUCGUGACCGGCAACGCCAAGAAGCUCGAAGAAGUCCGCUCCAUAUUGGGUCAAUCCAUCCCCUUUCAGUCCCUCAAGCUCGACUUGCCUGAAUUGCAGGGAGAGCCUGAAGACAUAUCCAGAGAGAAGGCUCGAUUGGCUGCGAUUGAGGUCAAUGGACCUUUACUGGUUGAAGACACUUGCCUCUGCUUCAAUGCCCUAAAGGGUCUUCCGGGGCCUUAUAUCAAGUGGUUUCUGCAGAAGCUUGGUCAUGAAGGUCUCAACAAUUUGUUGCUGGCAUAUGAGGAUAAAUCAGCUUAUGCUUUGUGCGCAUUUUCUUUCAUGAAAGGACCCGAUGCUGAACCAAUCACUUUUCUUGGAAAAACUCCAGGGAAGAUAGUACCCGCAAGGGGACCCACUGAUUUUGGAUGGGAUCCGAUCUUCCAACCAGACGGCUACGAGCAAACGUAUGCAGAGAUGCCCAAGGAAGAGAAGAAUAAGAUCUCUCACCGUUACAAGGCUCUCGCACAAGUAAAAUCCCAUUUCGCUGAGGCUGGUUACAUUUUCCAGUCCGAUCCAUAAGAGUAAGCUUUCUAUACUUCUGUAAUGGCUGUUUCUUGGACAUCGUCUACUCCGUGCUAGCAAUAUCAGUACUGUGCAAUAAUUUCUCUACAGGGGAUGCUCAAGUGGUGAUGGAGGAGGAGAAAGAACAAAAAGGCCAGAGAAAAUGUCGGGAUCAAGUGCUAGUGUUGCUUUUACUGCAACUUUGUUAGGUGAAGAAAAUCAGCAAACUAGGCUGUCAUAGACAACAUCUCUAAGUAGGUUCUAAAAGAGAUUGAUCAUAUCUGCGAUUGAACAAAUUAUGCAAAAGUUGCUUAAUUGCUUGCAUAGCAAGCAUCAUAUGUUGUCAAACAUUUUUGAAAUGCUUGACAAAACCCUGAAGCAUCGUUCAUAUAAAGUAACGAAUUAUGAGCAUAAAAAGUCUAUAUUCA